CUGCAAUUGACACACAAUGAGGAGUCGGGAGCAGCCGCUCAAAAGCCUUCUGUAAAUAAACAGGACCGUCGUCAGGCCGGUGAACUAUGGAGAAUCAGUGCACGGUUCAGGUAAAGCUUGAGCUGGGUCACAGGGCCCAGCUGAGGAAGAAGGUGACAUCGGAAGGCUUCACUCAUGACUGGAUGGUGUUUGUGCGGGGCCCCGAGAACAGUGACAUUCAACACUUUGUGGAUAAAGUUGUCUUCCGGCUGCACGAGAGCUUUCCUAAACCCAAGAGGGUGUGUAAGGAGCCCCCAUACAAGGUUGAGGAGUCAGGUUAUGCUGGCUUUCUGAUGCCCAUAGAGGUCUACUUCAAAAACAAGGAAGAGCCAAAGAAGGUGUGCUUCAAUUAUGACCUCUUCCUCAACCUGGAGGGCAACCCACCUGUAAAUCACCUGCGCUGUGAGAAACUCACCUUCAAUAACCCCACCCGUGAUUUCCGUCGCAAGCUGGUCAAGGCUGGAGGGGUCAUGGUGGUCCCAGAGGGGGCAGAGGUGGUCCCGAGACCCAGCCCAGAUUACCCCAUGCUUCCAACCAUCCCGCUCUCUGCCUUUUCUGACCCUAAGAAAAGCAAGACCUCACAAGGAUCAAAGGAACCCAGUAAAGAGGGAAGCAAAGUGUCCAAAUCCCACAAAAUGGCAAAGGAGCAUCGAGAGCGGCCGAGGAAAGACUCUGAGAGUAAGGGCUCUUCCAAGGGGGACGUAGACCGGGAUAAUAGCAGCAGCAAAGGUGGUCGUGACCCUUCCUCAUCCUCCUCAUCCAAGAAACCAGAGAUUAAAGUGAAAGACGAGAACAAAGUCCAGCCUAAAGUUGCUUUCAAGGAGCCCAAACUCACGCUGAAGGAAUCCAAAAUGGAGGGCAUGUCUCCUAAAGGAGGGGGGACGGGAGGUGGUGGAGGGGGAGCCAGCGAUGGAAAAGCCCCCAGUAAACGACCUUCCAAUGCCGAGUCACCUAAACCUAGUGUCAAGAAACCAAAGAAGGGUUCUGAGGGGUCAAAAGGCUCCAGCAGUGGGGGGUUGACUGGCACCUCCCCCCGGACCGCGUCCUCCUCCACGACCUCCUCGGGUAAUGUGGAUAAGAAAGCCUCUAAAGAGAAGGGCCGCUGGGCCAAAGGCAAGUCAGAGGCACAAGAGGUCAAAGAGUCCAAGAAGCCUGCAGAAUCCGAUGACUCCAACUCAGAGGAUGAGGCCUCGACCAAGUCUGAGCAGUCCGCCCCCUCCAGCCCAUCUAAUUCCAGCUCCAGCUCAGAGUCCAGCUCCGACUCGGACUUUGAGCCACAGCAGAAACAAGGCCAAGGUCCACUGCGCUCUAUGGUCGAAGACCUCAAGUCGGAGGAGUCUGAUGAUGAUGAUAGCAGCUCAGGCGAAGAGACGCCUGUAAAGAACAACCUGCCCCAUCGGGACUCCAGGAUGAGCCUAGACAGCGAGAGUGACUGCAGCGAUGGGCCACAGCGGCCCAGUCGAGACCCUCCCCCUAAGCCACAAAAACACAGCUCGACCAAUAACAAGGUGUCAGGCAGAAAGAGUCCAGACCUUUGCUUACGCCAGGAGAAGGUCUUGAAGAAGGGAUACGACAAGGUAGGAAGGGCAUACACUGAAGAGUUGGUAGAUCUUCAUCGCAGGCUGAUGGCAUUAAGGGAGCGUAAUGUUCUGCAACAGAUUGUGAACCUCAUCGAGGAGACCGGCCACUUUAAUGUCACCAACACAACUUUUGACUUUGACCUUUUCUCUUUGGAUGAGUCAACUGUCCGCAAACUACAAAGCUACCUGGAGGCGACUGCCACAUGACAAGAAGUCCAUCAAGGUUCGGGGGGGGUUGUUGAUGCACGAACAGUAUUUUGGACCGCCAGAUGCAGCUAUGGGGAGUCUCUCAUCUGCAACUGCAGGCUGACACUACAGACUUCCCAGUAAGACAAAAAUGGGCAUCUCUCCAUCUUUCCAAUGCUCUCCUCUCCAUUUCAAUAUUCUGUGGGUCAGGAAGUUCUCUGCUUAUCAGGGCCAGAACUGUUUGAGGGUCAUAUCUGAAUUGGAAAACGUCUCUCUGUAGCCAUACGCACUGAUGCAUUGAGAGCCACAACAUUUUAUAUUUUAUUUUUCUAACAAAGUUUUUUUUUUUUUUUUUUAGGUAUUUUUGAUUAUGGUCCCAAUGAAAGCCCCGCACGCCAUGAAUGUAUCACUUUUUAUCCUCUAGGGCUAGUCUUAGUGCCUUUAUCAUGCCAUCUCAUUUGUGCUCUUAGAAAUGACAGCAGUAUUAUCUUUCAUUUAAACUUUAGUAUAUGUGAGAUGCUUGGAUACCUGGCUUUUUUCCAGGAAAUUCCAGUUUGUAUGCCAGUAUGUGUAAAUUCUCAUUUAUGUGUUUGCCAAAUGGGCCUUAGAACUCUUAAAUGUUGUGCAUUGCUAGUGCAUCUUGUGGAAGUAUUUGGAAAUCUGUGUUUGUCUGUUCUCUGUCAUCACAUCUGGUUUAUGCAUAGACUUGAAAGGGAGAGACAGAAGAAAAGAUGGACGAGAUGCUCAGUCGCUGAGGUAAAUAAUGGGAAAUGGCCCCUGAAACAGCAGUCUGUAAAUUCACUGUGCUUCUGACUUGAAAUUUCUCUCAGAGUGACUCUAGUCUCGGCUUCACUCAAUUUCGUCUCUCUAUGCCCUGUGUGUGUCCAUUCUUAUGCUAAUAGCUUUAAGAGGUUCCAUGGGCUGAGCUACAGACCACAUGCCCUUUACUUCACCCUUUGAGAGUCUGGGAGUGUGUGUGUGUUUGAAUACUUGUGUGUAGCAGAGUAUACUUGGCUUUGAAAUGUCUGUUUGCAUGAGUUUUUCAUUGAAAACUCUUAGCAGGUUCUGACAGGAUUUGUCUGAAUUUGAGCAAAAUUAGUAAUUUUCUACUUUAUACUGACACAUUUUCAAUUAAGGGAUGUGUUUUUUGGUGAAAGGCUCAUUGUCGUGUGUGUGUGUGUGUGUGUGUGUGUGUGUGUGUGUGUGUGUGUGUGUGUGUGUGUGA